UCGGUAGUCAGUCACUAGUUAGUCAUUAGACGCCGUUAGUGCUGUGUUUUCUGGUUUCUGCGGCAGGUGUGUGUUGUGAUGGAUCUGAAGGAUAAAGUGUGUGUAGUGACCGGAGCAGCUCAGGGUUUGGGCAGAAGCUUUGUCGAAAUACUCCUGAAAAACGGCUCAAAGGUGGCUUUAAUCGAUGUGAAUAAAUCGCUGGGAAAUGAACUGAAGAGCACACUUGAUCAGGAGUAUGGACGUGACAGGACUGAAUUUUAUUUGGCCGACGUCACAUCAGAGGAAGAUUUUAAAGGAGUUUUGGAAAAAAUUGUUAAAACAUUUGGCCGCAUAGACAUUUUGUGCAACAAUGCAGGGAUCAUCAAUGAAAAGCACUGGGAAAAAACUAUUGCAAUCAACCUGGGUGGAGUGGUCAGAGGAACGUAUCUCGCUCUAGAACAUAUGAAGAAGGAAAAUGGUGGGAAUGGAGGAGUCAUUGUCAAUGUUUCAUCUAUGGCAGGUUUGGGGCCUUUGCCGAUGGCGCCCAUCUACACAGCGACCAAACACGGCGUGGUGGGAUUCAGUCGUGCCAUGGCAGCCGUUUCCAAGCUGGCUAACUAUGGGGUGAGGAUCAACAUUCUCUGUCCGUGGUUUGUGAAGACCAGUCUUCUGUCCAGCAUGAGUUCAGAAGAGCAUAUUGGAAGUUUCUUUCCACUGAAGGGAAUUGCGGAGACGAUGAUGCAGAACCGCGGCUGUCUGGAGGCUGAUGUUGUUGCCAAGGCUUUUCUUGUUCUCGUGAAAGAUGAGAGCAAGAAUGGAGAUGUUCUGAUGAUUGAUCCUGACGAGGCAGUUUUUGUUUCCUUUCCUGAACGGGCCAAAGACUUCUCAACUACUCCAGUCAGCCUCGAGUAACCCUUCAGCUUCGCUCUCAGUGCAUGUGGAUUAAAGGUUCAUCAGAGGUCUUAAAAUCCAACCAAACCCUGAAGAUCUACACCAAAUCAAGACGUGACGUAAACCCGAGCGCUUCCACUUAGAAUGGCUUCAUAUAAAGAUCAUUUGACUAAAUCAGCCAGAAUAAAGAUUAGUGAAAAUUUAAAGAUGUCAGAUUUAUUCUGUGGUGCUUCUUUGUAAUUUCAUUUCUGUUACUGAUUUGAGAAUAUUCCAAAUCCAGGAAAUCUGACACUCAGGGCAAGAGUCGAAAUGUCUCAAAUUAGGGAACUAGAAAUAGUGCAGCAUCUAAAAACAGUUCUGUAAUUUCCAAAUAUCAACGCAAACAUCACAUCCGAGUACUUUUUCUUUUUUCUUUUACAGAUAUUGUGCUAAAAUAUACCUCAAAAUAAUUAUAAGUGGUUUGCAAAUAAAUAAGCUACUAACAUCA